CCCCGAAAUCAUCGGAGCAGUGUCGACACUGUCGAGCUUGUUGGGGCCGCCCCACGAGAUUCCAUUUUCCACCAGAUCGGACCCCACAUCGCCAAACGGACGGCCCACGUCACUUUAAGCAACCGCUACCCACCCGAAAGGACCACCGCUUGCUCUCAUUUUCUAUCCUCCUACUCCUCCGAGGGUCUGGGUUUCCAAGAUGGACUUCCCACGGCCAUCGCCGGCGGAAUCUUCGGUUCCGACUGAGGCGGUGGGUAUUUCAGAUGAUCUAUCUGCCUCCGCAGUCUGGGACUGGGGAAACCUCCUUGAUUUCGCGAUUGAGACGGACGAUAGUUUGAUUCUACCAUGGGAUGCUCCCGAUCUUUCCCACCCACCAUAUAUGCGGCCGCCGUUGUCCGACGCAGAAACCCAUGCCGAUCCGACGCCUGUUCUUCUUCCGCCGGCGGGGAGCUCGAAUCGCGUUAGGAAGCGAGAUCCGAGGCUGGUGUGUGCGAAUUAUCUGGCCGGGAGGGUUCCGUGCGCUUGCCCAGAGCUAGAUGAGAAGGAGUUGGAGGGAGAUGAGGAGGAGCAGGUGUUCGGAGGGCGAAAGAGGGCCAGGGCGGGGGUGGUGAACGUCGGGGUGCGUUGCCAGGUCCCGGGAUGCGAGGCGGACAUUAAGGACCUCAAGGGAUAUCACCGACGCCACCGCGUCUGUCUCCGGUGUGCUAAUGCUUCCUCCGUGAUGCUUGAUGGCGAGGAGAAGCGGUAUUGUCAGCAGUGUGGCAAGUUUCAUGUACUGCUUGACUUUGAUGAAGGUAAACGAAGUUGUAGGAGAAAAUUAGAGAAACACAACAGAAGGCGUAGGAGGAAGCCUACUGAUUCUAAUAAUGUUGUGGAGAAAGAAAAACAGUCUCAGGCAGAACCACCAGAAGAUGUCUUUCUUGAUACAGAUCAACUGCAAGAAACACUAAAAGGGUCUGCAAGCAAUGCUGUUGAUAAUGGUGAAAUCAGCAAAGUAAUAGAUGGGGAAAUGUUUUUGGAUUGUGAAAAUGGGAAUGGUUUCCCUGGAUGUUCAAUUAUUAGUCUUGAACAGGCUCAAACCAACAGUACUCCAUCAUUUGCAGCUUCUGUAGAUGCAUGUGCGGAUGACAGAAUAGGCCAUCCGAAAUCUGCCUUUUCGUCCACAAUUUGUGAUAACAAGACUUCUUAUUCAUCAAUGUGUCCAACAGGCCGCAUAUCAUUUAAGCUUUAUGAUUGGAACCCUGCAGAGUUUCCUAGAAGACUACGACAUCAAAUAUUUCAGUGGUUGGCAAGCAUGCCGGUUGAGUUGGAGGGAUAUAUUCGUCCUGGAUGUACAAUCUUGACUGUAUUUAUUGCAAUGCCUCAACAUAUGUGGGACAAGUUAUCCCAAAAUGGUGCUCUCUAUAUAAAACAGUUGAUCAAUGCACCUGAAAGCUUGUUGUCUGGAAGAGGCAACGUUCUUAUAUAUCUUAGUAGCAUGAUUGUUCAUGUUUUGAAAGAUGGGACAUCACAUAUAAAGAUGGAGGUGAAUGCUCCAAGACUUCAUUAUGUUCAUCCUACUUAUUUUGAAGCUGGGAAAGCGGUGGAAUUUAUUGCUUGUGGGAGUAACCUUGAUCAGCCUAAGUUACGGUUUCUUGUCUCUUUUGGUGGAAAAUAUCUGCUAUGUAGUGCUUACCGUGUAAUUUCUAAUGAGAAAGUCAGAUGUUAUGGUGUGAAUUCAGUGGUUUCUAGCAGUGAUUGUGGGCAUGAAAUGUUUAGGAUAAAUAUAAAGCAGACAACCCCAGAAGUAUUUGGCCCUGCAUUCAUUGAGGUUGAGAACGAAUCAGGAAUAUCCAACUUUAUUCCUAUUCUUAUUGGGGACAAGCAGUUAUGUUCUGAACUAAAAAAUUUUCAUGGUGCGUUAACUUACUAUCCAAAUGCCCGUGAAGAUAACAGUGUGUCAAAUGCAGUUUUUGACAAUGCGGUUUUCAGUAAGGUUAAUGUGACGAAACAGAUAGAUAUGUCAGAUCUACUGGUGGAUAUUGCUUGGCUGCUCAAUGAGCCUUGCAAGGAUUAUAAUAAAUCAUUUUUGGGUUCAUUGAAUGUUCAGAGAUUAAAAUAUAUCUUACAGUUUUCAAUGCAGAAUGAGUUAAUCAGUGUGCUGAAAGUGAUACUAAAGAAUGCGAGUAUUAUGAUUUAUGAGGUUGGUUUUCAGAAAUCUGAAAAUUUGACUGUGAGUUCUGAUUUUGGUGAGCUUUUAGAAUACAUGAAAAUUGCAAGAGAAUUUCUUAAUCAGAGAAUUCAGCACAAGGAAAGAACAAUACUAAAUGCAGGGCGCUCAAAUUUUUUGGAAACCUUGCCAAUAAACCAUGUAGAAAAUGCAGAUUUGGCUGAGGAGAGAAGAAGAAAUGGACAUGCUUUGGUUUCAACUGCAACUAUGCUUUCUGUAGAUGGUGAUGAAAGCAACCCUCUACUACCGAAAGAUACAACUUGCAGUAUGAUGAGCUUCCUGCACUUGCAUUCUUAUUGGCCCUCCAAGUAUUGGAUGACUAAAAUGUUCUCUCCUCCGAUUACAACGAGAUUGCCUGCUCUAUUUGUAAUGGGUAGUUUUGUGAUGUGUUUUGUUGUUUGUAUCAUCCUUUUGGAUCCACAUAAGGCCAGUGAUUUUGCAGUUUUUAUGGGAAGGUAUUCUCUCAGAAUUUCAAACCAGUAGAGAACUACAUUGAUCUCAUUUGUAUCUUUUACUUGCUGUAGGAUCGCAGGAAACUAGUUUGAUGUGCAGAAUAAGUUUUUUUUCUUUUAAAUAUUUAUAUGAAGAAUAUAUUUUCAGAAUAA